GCAGAAACCCAGUCGAACUCCCUCACUAAGAUACAACACAAUGGCUUCAGUGGUGCCAAAAGUGAAACUAGGUUCACAAGGUCUACUUGUUUCAGCACAGGGACUAGGUUGCAUGGGUAUGUCCGGGAACUACGGACCCCCCAAACCCGAACCCCAUAUGAUCAAACUCAUUCACCAUGCCAUUGACUCCGGCGUCACCUUCCUUGACACAUCCGACUUCUACGGUCCUCACACCAACGAAAUUCUCAUCGGCAAGGCUUUGAAAGAAAAAGGACUUAGAGAGAAAGUUCAAAUUGCUACCAAAUUUGGGAUACGAUGGAUAGAUGGAAAACCAGACGUUUGUGGCGAUCCAGCCUAUGUCCGGUCAGCUUGUGAAGCUAGCUUGAAGAGACUUCAAGUUGAUUGUAUUGAUCUCUACUAUAUUCAUAGGAUUGAUAUCCGAGUCCCAAUCGAAGUCACGAUGGGAGAGCUCAAGAAACUGGUUGAGGAAGGGAAAGUGAAGUAUGUGGGAUUAUCAGAAGCAUCUGCCUCUACAAUCAGAAGGGCUCAUGCGGUUCACCCAGUAACAGCCAUACAGAACGAGUGGUCUUUAUGGUCAAGAGAUUUGGAAGAUGAAAUUAUUCCCACUUGCAGGUGAAUUUAAAGCGGUUUUGAUGUUAACAUAAGUCCAGACUGGUUUUAUUUUGAAGUUUGAUGAUGAUAUGAUUGUUAUGGUUUGUUUCUGUUGGGAUUAAUCUUGAUCGGGUCGGAUACGGGUCAAGUACGGUUUAACGGGUACAGGUCAAUGGAUAGUGGCAUGUUGUGCAUGAGUGAAUUAGACUUGGUAACAAGUUUGACCGAAUUCCUUGGAAGUGCACGUUAUAAAGCUGCAUGUUAAGUUGAAGAGUGGGUCAUCCCUAUUACCUGUUCUUUAGGAUAUAGUUUAGUAUUUUAAUAUUUUUAAUUCCCACGUUCACAUAUUGUAUGGCUAUAUAUAAAGCCUUUUGUUUAUUAAAUAAAGGAGUAAACCUUUUUGUUUUAUCAAA